UGGUGCGGGAACGGAGUAGCGUUCGUUUGGUCAUCGUCGCGCAGUGUUUUAGCUAACGUCGUCGCGAUUGUUUCUCUUUGUUCUGCUCCGUUUCGUUUCGUUUCGUUUCGUUUCGUUUCGUUUCGUUUCGUUUCGCUUCGCUUCGCUUCGUUUCAUUUCGUUUGGUUUCGUUUCGUUUAAUUUCUUUCCUUUCUUUUCUUUUCCUUUCCAUUCCAUUCCAUUCCAUUCCGUUGUAUACGUUUCUUCGCGAGGAGAUCAGCUUUCGCUCGCGUUCCUUUUUCGCCCGGUUCGACGUUAGAUGGUUGGUUUUCUCUGGUCCGACGCGACGGAUCGUUGUUCGAUCGGUUUGAAAGUUUAAUCGGAAAUCCGCGAGUAAUUGCCGCGUAUUUUUUCUUGUUACGGAUCGUUGGUGUUUUGAUCGCGUGGGCGCAUGCGAGGACCGAGCGGAUUGUUGGCGGAAAGCAUAACCAAGGUGGUCAGAGAGUCGGCUCGGCGCCGUGCUCGUUUCAGACGCGUGUGCGUCUACGCGGCUAAAAACGGUUUCGAUAGUUUCUUCAUCUGUGGAUAAAAGUAAACCGUUUCGUUUGGCCGUGUUAGGUUUCGUGGUUGGAACGCGUAUCGUGCAUCGAGCGUGUAUCGUUGGUUCCUCGUCGACGUAUUACCAGUGGCACACUUGUCGCUUGGAAAGGAGAAUAGACUUUCUCCUUCUCGUCGUUCCUCGUACCACCGCCCCUGUCGCUUCGUUCUUCCGCGGGAAUAAACGCGGUCGGGAAGUUUGAGUUGUACGGCGAUAACGACGAUCGACUCAAAGACGACGAUCACGACGACGACGAGGACGACGACGAGGACGACGACGAGGACGACGACGAGGACGACGAGGAAAAGUGCAAAUACUAAUCGUCAAGAAGAAAAAGCGCUAUAAAGGCGCGAACGUGUAAUAUAAAGUAGAGAGAGAGAGAGAGAGAGAGAGGAGUUGCAGGAAACGCGUGCAGUCGUUUGGGUGAAAGAAGAGAGGGGCGCGGAGCGUGUGCGAACGGUAGCGAGAAGAAUACGUGGACGCGUAUACGCCGCGGUGAUUGAUCAAGAUGAGGGUACAUCGUGGGAUUUGCGCGAAACUGCAAGGCGGCUUCCUCAGACGAUGGUGGGCAGCGGUAGCCGUUGGAGCUCUGAUGAUCAUCGUGGCUGCAAUUUUAGCGGCAGUGUUUCCAAAACUUGUCGACGUUCUGAUGAACAGAGAAAUAGCUCUCCGCGAGGGUGGUCGUACGUUCGACUGGUGGAGAGAGCCUCCUCUCUCGCCUCAGCUGAGCGUCUACAUUUACAAUGUAACGAAUGCCGAUGAAUUUUUAAACGAUGGCGAGAAACCGGUGCUGAUGGAGCUCGGCCCUUACGUCUACUCGCAACAGUGGGAAAAGGUCGAGGUGAAAUUCAACGAGAACGAUACGGUGUCGUACAAAGUGAAGAAACGGUUCGCCUUUUCGCCGGAAAAAUCGAUCGGCUCGGAGGAAGAUUUGGUGGUAGUGCCAAACGUGCCGAUGCUAUCGGCGACCAGCCAGUCGAAGCACGCGGCGCGUUUUCUCCGACUGGCGAUGGCUUCGAUAAUGGACAUUCUGAGGAUAAAGCCGUUCGUCGAAGUAUCGAUCGGUCAGUUGCUCUGGGGCUACGAGGAUCCGUUGUUAAAGUUGGCCAAGGACGUUGUGCCGAAGGAACAAAAACUUCCUUACGAUCAAUUCGGAUUGCUGUACGGGAAAAACGCGACGAUGCCCGAUCGGUUUACCAUUUUCACCGGCCAAAGGGACAUCACCAAGUAUGGAAUUCUCGACAAAUGGAACGGAAAGGGCAGCCUUGGUCAUUGGACCACUCCGGAAUGCGACAGCAUCGCCGGCAGCGACGGCAGUAUAUUCCCUCCGCGCAUUAACCAACAAACGGUGCUCAAAGUCUUUGACAAGGAUCUCUGCAGAGCUUUGCCUCUGGUCUUCAAGGAGGAAGUGACCACACCCGGUGGAGUUCCUGGAUACAGAUUCGUCCCUUCCAAGGAUGCUUUCGGCUCCCCGAGCAGGGUCGAAUCUCAGCGAUGUUUUUGCCCGGCGGGACCACCCUGCGCUCCCGAGGGAACCUUCAACGCCUCUCUGUGCCAAUACGAAUCACCGGUCUUGAUCAGCUUCCCGCACUUUUACCUCGCGGAUCCUGCUCUCCGCGAGGCGGUAACCGGGAUAUCGGCACCGAUCGAGGAAAAGCAUCAGUUUUACAUCGAUGUUCAACCGAUGAUGGGUACGGCGUUGAGGGCCAAGGCGAGGAUUCAGAUUAAUUUGGCGGUUAGCCAAGUACGCGAUAUCAAACAGGUUGCCUCGUUUCCGGAUAUCGUUUUCCCUAUAAUGUGGUUCGAAGACGGCAUCGACGAGCUUCCCGUCGAGAUGCGUAGCCUGAUGAAGAUGGCCGUGGACGUACCACCGAUAGCUCGAGCGGCAGUAUCCGGAGCUCUGGCAGCGAUUGGCGCGAUCGUUCUGAUAGGCGCGCUCGUGUGUUUGGCCCGCGCUGCCAAGCGCCAGGAGAAACUCCACCUCAGCAAUCCGUUACCGUCGAACGCGAACGCUGGCAAAACCGGUCAACUGAAUCCAGCUUUCCAGAAUUCCUCGGGUUCCAAGUAG